CCAGGGUCACGUGCCGGCCGAGGCGGGGGCGGAAGUCUGGAGUGAGGUGCAUUGUGGGGAGUGUGGUUCCGGUGACAAGGAGCAGCUCGGGCCGCAGCGGACUGCAAUUCCCAUCAGCCCCCGAGCCGAGCACAGCCUGCGGAUCCCCAGCCCCCGCCCUGAGAGCAACCGCGGAGCCCCAUCCUCCCCCACACCGAGCCGGACCCGCCAUGAGGGACAAACAGAAAGGGCGCCGGGAGCGCACGUGGGCCGAGGCCGCCAGAAUGGUAUUGGAAAAUUAUUCUGAUGCCCCAAUGACUCCAAAGCAGAUCCUGAAUGUGAUUGAAGCAGAGGGGCUCAAAGAAACCAGGUAUGUUGGUUCCUCACCGCUGGCCUGUCUGAACACCAUGUUACACUCCAAUUCGAGAACUCGAGAAGCCCUUUUCUACAAACUUCCAGGGCGGAUCAGCCUUUUUACCAUGAAGAAGAAUGCAACGCAGUGGUCUCGUGUUGUGUCCUUGCCUGAAGAUGGAGACAUGGAAGAUACAGCAGAUGAGGAAGGAGGCCAAUGGAUGGAAGGCAGCUCAGGAACUCCAGCAGUUGAGACCUGCAAUGCGUCUUGUUCUGGAGAGUAUCGUGGCAGAGAAACUAGGUCUUUGGUGCAGAUGAAUAAGCAGAAGAGAAGGAGUGGGGUUCUGUUGCCGCGUGUGGUCCUUACUCCUCUGAAAGUAAAUGGGGCUCAUUUACCCUCUACUUCAGGCUCAUCCGCCGGCCGGGAAGGACAGUCCUCCAGUAGCAGAAACCUUGGGGGAAAUCUAAAUCUUCAUAGACGAGCUGCUUUAAGUCGGGACAACCCACAUCACCUAAGAGGGAUCAGGAGCACCACAUCAGGUCAGGUGAAGAAGAAUAAGGCGGAGGAGAUUGACUUUGAGACCCCUGGGUCUAUACUCGUUAACACAAAUCUUCGAGCUCUUAUAAAUGUGAGAACGUUCAAUGCUCUGCCACACAGCUUGCAGCAGCAGCUCCUCCUCCUACUUCCUGAUGUGGACAGACAGGUCACUCCAGAAGGGCCAAUGAGAAUGAGCGGCAGUGCCCUGAAUAAUGAGUUCUUUGCUCACGCUUGCCAGAGAUGGCGUGAGCGACUGGCAGAAGGGGAGUUCACUCCUGAAGCUCAGCUCCGGAUGAGGCAGGAAAUGGACAAAGAAAAGAAAGUGGAAGAUUGGAAAGAGACAUUUUUUGAAGACUUUUAUGGGCAGAAAUGUGGACUGUCUGUGGAAUCGUUAUCAGACAAUGAUGAUAAAUGUGUGACACCUGUGUCCAAAAGUCCCCUGCGAGGUGGACAGAAGAAGAAUACAGCCACCACUCCCAAGGAGACACUGAUACCAGAAGCUCGUAUCAGAACUAGGAGUGUGUUUAAAAAAGAAAUCAAAGAGGAACGUGUUGAACAAACUGCAAAGGUUGAUGAUUUCAAGGCCAACUCUUCACCUGUAACCGAGAGCAAAGAACCUGAGAUCCCAACACUGGAGGCCCAUAUACCUCCUAAAGAUGAAGGAAACCUUCCCUCGACUUCUGAGAGAGUUCCUGAGCUGCACCCUGAGACAUCCGAACACAAGAGGAAGAACUGUGAGCCCGAGUCCUCCAGCCCCUCCCUCGAAAAGAAGCCACGGAUGGAGCAGCGUCAGUCCUUUCGUAACACAAUUCAGAGUGUUUACACAGAAAAGCCACAGCCCACCAAAGAAGAGCCUAAAGUCCCACCAAUCCGGAUCCAGCUUUCUCGGAUCAAACCUCCCUGGCUGGAUAAAGGUUUGCCAGCUUACCAGAUCUGUCCACGGAUCAUCCCAAACACUGGUCCCAUUGGGUGCUGGACUAAUCCCUGCACACCUGCUGACUGUCAGACCAGUGGCUCUCAAUUCACAACCUCAAUUGGUGGAGGUGGAGGGCCAGGGGGAGGUGGGAGUAUUGAUAAAAGGAGGACCUGGUCAACAAACCCCAAGAGAAGAAGGUCCUCUAAGAGACGUCAGAGAAGACAGUCUCCAAAUUGCUGCAGAACACAAUUACUCUCGUCCUCCUAUUUGAGGAAAAACCUGCAAAAGCCAGCCGUUCCUCCAGUCAGGAUCAGUUGGACAUCGUGCGUGAGGAACACUUAUUCUGGGACAGACGGAUUUGGUGCUGCAAAGGAAGCUGUUUGUAAUUCUGUAGUAGAAGCAAAAUUGAAUGACACCAAAGAUACGUGUACUGCAGAGGCCGCCAUUUCUAGUACAAUAAUUGACGGUGUGCAGGGUUAUAGGGUUAUGGACAAUGUACAACCCCUUAAUUCACAGAUGACAUUGGAAGGUGAUUUGGACAUUCAGUCAGAGGCUGGAGCACAAUGUAACAAACAAAAUAAUGUGCAGUUCGGUUUGAUUUACAAGAAGGAAACUACUUCAUCAGAUUGCACUGCUGCUGAGCCAGUCGCAGAGAACGUUAGCCAAUCCAGUGUUGAGUCUUUGACUCCAGUUCUUGGUGAUGUGUCAAAUACGUUUCAGAAUAAACUUAAACCUGUUGAAACAAAGGAGAAAAUAAGGGAUCCUUUAGACUGUAAAAGUGACUUUGUGGUUACUGCAGAGCAGCUGCAAAACGGUUCACCUGAAUCCCACCAACUGUCUUCUGCAGACUUACAAACUGCUCUGACCUCAUUACCUGGUCAUUCAGUGGAAAUGUACCCAGGCUCAACCGAUCUCAGCAUGGACUGGACGAAUGAGCCUUUUGAAGCCAGCAGUCGUCCUCAGUCUGGGGAUCAAAUUUUGCAGAAGAGCAACCACCGCAAAGCAGAGCCAGAAGCGGUCCCGUCACAGCCUGAUGUGACCACACACCCAACGUUGGAAACCUAUAUAAAAUCAUUGUCAAAAGCUGUGAAAGAGGAAAUUGCUGACCACAAAAUAGAUGUGCAAGACUUGAGACUUCUGACAGAGACCUCUGAGGCUGGAUCUCUGAUAAAGCUAGGCCUCUCUGAUAACAGUGACUGUCCUACAGGAGACCUUUCCGAACAGAACCACUUGCCAACAAGUGAUGUUGUUUUUUCUCCUCGUCUAACUAAUGAUGAGAAUUUGCUGUCCCGUUUUGAGCCUUCUUUGGACAGCAGUCUAUUUGAAGCUAAUGAUAGAGGUUUCAGUUCCUCUACGGAUCCUUUUGAAGGAGUUAAACAGGACUCGACUGAUUCAAAGCCACUUGCUGGCCCAAUGUUAUCUACCUCGGAGGAGUUCCCAUCCAGCAAUCAAAAUUCUAAAUCCUUUAGGAAACCAAAGCAGCGUCUUUGUAACAAGGCAAGCUUCAUCCGAAAUCUGCACAGAGUUCCUUUGCUAUUGGAUCUCCCUUUCAUGAGGUUUUCAAAAGCGGAAAGACCAGACGCUCAGCUGCCAAUAGAACUUUCUGCUCAGCCAAUGCACAAGAAAACAAAAAGGUCCCCUUUGGGAAAGGUCUUUAAGGGGCCCCAAGACUUGGCUUCCUGUCUUUAUUCUACUGAUGUGCAACCUCCUGGGCUCCUGGGCAAAUAUGCCGUCAGUGGCCAGGCAUCCUUCUCCAUGCAAGUGAUCGCUGAUUGCAAUGGAAACGAGAAGAUUUCUUUGUGGUGCUCCUGCAGCCUGAAAGCUAUGAGCUCGUGUAAGGGAUGUGGGGCGUUCUGUCACAAUGACUGCAUAGGACCUUCAAAGCUUUGCGUUUCGUGCCUUGUCAUAAGAUAAUAAAUGAUGGCUCCUGGACAUGAUAGCUUAGUAUCUGUGUUUUCAUAUUCGAGCCUGGAAAAUGUAUAUACAUAUUAUGCUUAAUUUUGUUAGAAAUUAAACUGAUAGAUAAUAUUCAGCUCUUUCUUGUGAUGUUAAAUAGCCUAUUAAUCUCUUGCACAGGCAUAUUCUAACAAACUGGGGAGGGGGUGGGGGGGGGGAAAUCAUCCCUGCUUGCUGUUACAGCUCCACAGCAGGGUCAGAGUUAGUGUUUGGGGUGGGGGUGGGAAAGGGGAUCCACGGGUGUCUUUCUUUCCAUCCUUUUGUUCUGCAUGGACAGUAUUCUGGAGCACGGAGGAGAGUGUAUCGGGAUUGAACGGGUAAACACUGUUUCUGUAUAAAGUACAAAUAUGUGGCUCCUUGUAAGCACCUUCAUUCCAAAUGUUCUCUUACUCUAUUUAUGAUGUAAACAGUACUGGCCCAUUCUAUAAAUGUAUAUUCUGUAUAUACGUCA